CAUAAAUUUAGAGGGUUUAUGUGUGUACCCAAAGGCAACAGUUUCUUUCCAGUUCUGAACAAGUUUAUAUCAGAGGUUUCAAGUGAAGCUAGAACUGAAACAGUUACAACAAACUAUAAUUUGGUUUCUUUUUGUUACCCUCGAUCUAUAGUGCUUCUUGUCAUGGAAACCAUUUAUCAGAUUCUGCAAGAUGUGCGUGAUUACUGGGCCGAUCAUUUCUCUCGUAGAUUUUGGCCCAGAAGACCAGUCCUUCGCCAAGCAACCUCUUUGUCCACAUUCUAUCUGUUGGACUACAAGACCAGGCAAGCUGAACUUGGAAUGGACUAUGGCCCUCCGACUACUGAGCUAUGCAAAACAAAAUUUGUCUUCAAAGAUGGCGAAUGGCAGAGCGAGAAUGGCCCACCAAAGAUGCCCUUGCUGCAGUUAUACUCUCCUCCUGAUAAGGAAUCACCUAACAAAGCCCUAAAGAAAGCCAAUAAAGCCCUAUUGGAAGAGAACAAUUACUUGAAGCUGCAGCUCGAGCUGCUGAUGGAUAUGUUGACAGAGACCACAGCACGGCUGCACUCCAUGGAGAAAAGGCUGGACACCACUCCAUGGCAUCCAAAAACAAUGAAAAAAACAAGCAAGGUACUGAUGCUUCGAUCCUGAUAAUACCUUGGACAUAAAGACUGUGACAACUGUAUUUCUGAAAUAGUUUGUCUUCUGGUGUCCAGACAUGUAAUAAAAUCUUGAUGAAGAUA